AUGAAGAACGUUUUCGUUCUGCUCAUCGUCAUUGCGUCAAUACAGACUUGUAUGUGUGACGAUAUGGCCGAUCAUCUGGGAGGUUAUAUGGGCCGUGGAUGUCGUAAAGGAGCACCUCAGCCACUUUUCUUGAAGAAUGCCACCAAAGAAGCGCGGAAGGAGUACAGUGCCAUUCUGAGGAAUCGAAAUACAACAAUCGCUGAGCAAAACAGCGAAAUAUGGGAUUGGGCAGUUAAAAAUGGCUUGCAGGUGAGUGGAAAUAGCGAGAACUUUGAACAAGUGGAAGAGUACAAUCGCAACAGAACGCUCAUAGAACAGGAACUCAAGCAAAACUUCACUGAGUUGAUUUCUGAUCUUCCGCAUAUCCUUUCAGAGUUUUUCAGUAUUAUUGGAAACGAAGCUCAGACAAGAACGGAAAUGAAAAUGGCACUUGGAGAUUUGAAGAUCCGAAACACGAAGGUAAGAUCACUUGAACAACAUCAUUCUGCUUGGAACCGGAGAUUUGCAUAG